UGCUCUUCACUCAGGAUGGGCGACUCGGGAUGGGUAUUUCCUGAACACCCUCCACAUCCUGAAGAGGUGCGGAAGGUGGGGAGGGAGCCCUGGAGCCACUCUGGAGGCUGGUUAGGCCAGAAAGGAGUGGUGCCACCACUUCCUCUGCUGCUGAGGCCGAGCCCUGAGGCCUGGGAGGAGAUCUGCGCAGACCCCCAGUUUAUUGUUGGAGGAGCCACACGCACAGACAUCUGCCAGGGAGCCCUGGGUGACUGCUGGCUGUUGGCCGCCAUCGCCUCCCUCACCUUGAAUGAAGAGGUCCUGGCCCGUGUCGUGCCCCUGGACCAGAGUUUCCAGGAGAACUACGCUGGCAUCUUCCACUUCCAGUUCUGGCAGUAUGGCGAGUGGGUGGAGGUGGUGGUGGACGACAGGCUGCCCACCAAGGAUGGGGAGCUGCUGUUCCUGCACUCGGCCGAGGGCUCGGAGUUCUGGAGCGCGCUGCUGGAGAAGGCCUACGCCAAGAUCAACGGCUGCUAUGAAGCGCUGUCGGGUGGUGCCACCACCGAGGGCUUCGAGGACUUCACCGGAGGCAUUGCGGAGUGGUAUGAGCUGCAGAAGCCGCCACCCAACCUGUUCAGGAUCAUCCAGAAGGCGCUGGAGAAGGGCUCACUGCUCGGCUGCUCCAUUGACAUCACCAGCGCCGCAGACUCGGAGGCCGUCACAUACCAGAAGCUGGUGAAGGGGCACGCGUACUCCGUCACCGGGGCAGAGGAGGUAGAAAGCUCAGGAAGCCUGCAGAAACUGAUCCGAGUGCGGAACCCCUGGGGACAGGUGGAGUGGACCGGGAGGUGGAACGACAGCUGCCCAAACUGGAACACGGUGGACCCAGAGGUGAGGGAAAGGCUGACCGUGCGGCUCGAGGACGGGGAGUUCUGGAUGUCCUUCGGCGACUUCCUGAGGCACUAUUCCCGCCUGGAGAUCUGCAACCUGACCCCUGACACCCUCACCAGCGACACCUACAAGAAGUGGAAGCUGACCAAGAUGGACGGGAGCUGGCGGCGGGGCUCCACUGCGGGCGGCUGCAGGAACUACCCGAACACCUUCUGGAUGAACCCCCAGUACCUGAUCAAGCUGGAGGAGGAGGAUGAGGACCAGGAGGAUGGUGAGGGUGGCUGCACCUUCCUGGUGGGCCUCAUCCAGAAGCACCGGAGGCGGCAGAGGAAGAUGGGCCAGGACAUGCACACCAUCGGCUUUGGCAUCUAUGAGGUUCCAGAGGAGCUGGCCGGGCAGACCAACAUCCACCUGGGCAAGAACUUCUUCCUGACGACGCGUGCCCGCGAGCGCUCAGACACCUUCAUCAACCUGCGGGAGGUGCUCAACCGCUUCCGGCUGCCCCCGGGGGAGUACAUCCUCGUGCCGUCCACCUUCGAGCCUCACAAGGAUGGCGACUUCUGUGUCCGUGUCUUCUCCGAGAAGAAGGCCGACUACCAGGCUGUGGACGAUGAAAUCGAGGCCAACCUGGAAGAGAUCGACGUCGGCGAGGAUGACAUUGACGACAGCUUCCGCAGGCUGUUUGCCCAGCUGGCGGGGGAGGAUGCAGAGAUCUCCGCCUUCGAGUUGCAGACCAUCCUGAGGAGAGUGCUGGCAAAGCGACAGGACAUCAAGUCAGAUGGCUUCAGCAUCGAGACCUGCAAGAUCAUGGUGGACAUGCUGGAUUCGGAUGGGAGCGGCAAGCUGGGGCUGAAGGAGUUCUACAUACUGUGGACGAAGAUCCAGAAGUACCAGAAAAUUUACCGGGAGAUCGACAUAGACAGGUCUGGCACCAUGAACUCCUAUGAGAUGCGGAGGGCGCUGGAGGAAGCAGGGUUCAAGCUUCCUUGCGAACUCCACCAAGUCAUCGUUGCCCGGUUUGCAGACGAUGAGCUCAUCAUUGAUUUUGACAACUUCGUUCGGUGCCUGGUUCGGCUGGAGACAAUGUUCAAGAUAUUCAAGCAGCUGGAUCCUGAGGACUCUGGGAUGAUCCAGCUGGACCUUAUGUCUUGGCUGUGUUUCUCGGUGUUGUGAAGGGGUGGCCAGCGCACCUGGAGGCUCCGGAGAAGGACCCUGGGACUGUGUCUGGACACCUGCAUGGGCCUGGAACUGUGGGAACAUUACGUACUCUGAGGAUUGUAGCUGAAAAGAACACUCUGAGAUAGCCAGACUGUUACUUAGCGGAUAGAAGGUUUGCUAUUAUACUAAACGCAAGUGAGCUGCUUAACCCCCAAGCCCAAAGAAGCUUAAGUCUAUAAACAGGACCACUUUUUACUUUUACACACUUUCCUUUUCGGAGCAAUACUAAACCGGAAGACAGGGAGCUGUUUUAAGUCAGUCUCCAGGCCGCGAGAGCCUAACCGGGACAUCAAGUUCUAAAACUCGGCGGUGCCAUCUACCAGCUGGCAGCCCGGGGAGGGCCUGUCUCCAGGAGGAGUGGAGAGCCUGGGUGGGAACACACCCUCCUCAUGGGCUAGACGAGAGCAGGCCGUGCACAACUCUGGUCCUUUCCCACACUUGGCCGCAGGCGACUCACCCACCAGAUCCCACGUGCGACCAGUGAGGCCGUGGCCAAGUCAGGCUAGUUUGCACACUGAGGGCUAUGACCCCGGCCCCAGACUCUCUUGUCCUCUGUGCCUCUCCGUGCUGAGGGAGGGCGUCCUGCAGGAGAUGCCACAGCCCUUUGUGGCCAGACCUCGGGGAAAGCUGGUGACAGAAACAUUGCCUUUGCCUUACCACCCUCCUGACGUCCUGUUAAAUAAAGAGUCCCGCCAGCCA